AUGGCCUGUCAUUUCCCUUGGAGCUCUUCACUACAGCUCAAAACCACCCAAAAACCUCACAAAAUCCCACUAAGAACCAUCACUUGCCCUUCCAUUACAUGCAAAAAACAAGACCCAAAUCUUGAAAAUGAUGACAAAGCUGAAAAAACCAAUCAAAAAACCCAUUUAAAUUUGCUCACUUUACCUGUAACUCUCACUAUCAUCGCCACCUCUCUCACUCCACAGCCUGUCCUUGCUGCCACACCAACAGCCAGAACUUCCCAUAAAAAGAAAACCCACAAAAAGACACAACAAGAAGCCUUAACACCAGACCAGCUUAAACAAUGGUCUCAGAAUCUCCCAGUUGUAUCCAAUCGAAUACCAUAUACUGAAGUUUUGAGUUUGAAAGAGGCUAACAAGCUUAAGCAUGUGAUUAAAGCGCCUAAUGCGUCUUUAAAACAACGUGCGGAGGCUGUUUUAGUGGUUUUGGAUGAUAAUCAAGUGUUAAGGACUGUCUUGCCUUCGUUAGAGAGUAAUAAGAGGUUUUGGGAUUCGUGGGAUGAGUUAAAGAUUGAUUCUUUGUGUGUUAAUGCGUAUACGCCUCCGGUAAAGAGACCGGAGCUGCCUAAGCCAUAUUUAGGAUUUUUGUGGAAAGUUCCGGAGUUUAUGCUGUCGAGGUUAAAGCCUAAGAAGGAGUCGAAGAGAGCUAUGGAGCUGAGGAUGGCCAGAGAGGAGUUUAAGAUGCAAAGGAAGGAGGAGUUGAAGAAAAUGAGAGAGGAAAGAGAAAUGAUUGAGAAGGCAAUCAAAAUGCAAAAGAAAGAGGAGGGCAGGAGGAGAAAGAGGGAGAUUAGGAUACAGAAGUAUGAGGAAUCAUUGCGUGAUGCGAGAAAGAAUUAUACGCGAAUGGCAAGUAUGUGGGCAAGUUUAGCACAAGACUCAAAUGUGACAACAUUGCUAGGGCUGGUGUUUUUUGUGAUAUUUUAUCGUACGGUGGUGCUUAGUUAUCGGAAGCAGAAGAAGGACUAUGAGGACCGGCUGAAGAUUGAGAAGGCAGAGGCUGAAGAGAGAAAGAAGAUGAGGGAGUUAGAGAAGGAGAUGAUGGGGAUUGAAGAAGAGGAUGAGGAUGAGAGUGUGCCUGGGAAACCGGAGCAGAAUCCUUAUUUGAAGAUGGCUAUGCAGUUCAUGAAGUCAGGAGCACGUGUUAGACGUGCACAUAAUAAGAGAUUGCCACAGUACUUGGAAAGGGGUGUGGAUGUGAAAUUCUCUGAUGUUGCAGGACUUGGGAAGAUACGACUUGAACUUGAGGAGAUCGUGAAAUUUUUCACACACGGAGAGAUGUACCGCAGGAGAGGAGUGAAGAUACCAGGUGGCAUACUUCUUUGUGGUCCCCCUGGGGUGGGGAAAACUUUACUGGCAAAAGCUGUGGCUGGUGAGGCAGGUGUAAACUUCUUCUCCAUCUCUGCCUCUCAGUUUGUGGAAAUAUAUGUUGGAGUUGGUGCUUCUCGUGUUCGAGCACUUUACCAAGAAGCAAAGGAAAAUGCUCCAUCUGUUGUCUUCAUUGAUGAACUCGAUGCUGUUGGAAGGGAGCGUGGUUUGAUUAAAGGUUCUGGUGGACAAGAACGUGAUGCCACUCUUAAUCAGCUCCUUGUAUGCUUGGAUGGGUUUGAAGGCAGAGGGGAAGUGAUCACUAUUGCUUCCACAAAUAGACCAGACAUUCUAGACCCAGCACUUGUGAGGCCUGGGCGGUUUGAUCGAAAAAUCUUUAUUCCUAAACCUGGCCUCAUAGGCCGCAUGGAAAUUCUAAAGGUUCAUGCUCGUAAGAAGCCCAUGGCUGAUGAUGUGGACUAUAUGGCUGUUGCUAGCAUGACAGAUGGAAUGGUUGGUGCAGAGCUGGCCAACAUAAUUGAGGUUGCUGCAAUUAAUAUGAUGCGUGAUGGAAGGACUGAGAUAAAAACCAGCCACUACUUGGAUGUGACCACCUCUAAUAUUGCCUAUGCCAUAAUAUGCACGACCAUUACAACUGAUGACUUAUUACAAGCUGCACAAAUAGAAGAAAGAGGAAUGCUUGAUAGAAAGGAAAGGAGCCCUGAAACAUGGAAGCAAGUAGCUAUUAAUGAAGCAGCCAUGGCUGUUGUUGCUGUGAACUUUCCUGAUCUCAGAAAUAUCGACAAAAUUCUAGAGUAUGACCAUGGACAGAGCAGCAAAAGUGUUUCAAACAACAGACUCUACAGUAUGGUGUUAGGCUUUGCUGUGAUGGAUUUUCUAGGCUGCAACAGCAGUUCAAUUUCUGAUGGUCAUCUUUUAGGUUUUCCAAUUAUGGUCCAAAUAUUUUCAGUGUCCUCGAAACUCUUCCCUUUUAUUCUGCUUGCUAUUGAAAUAUCUGGCUUUGUUGAGAUGAUUACCUGGAAAUUGAACUUAUCAGGUGUCACAAUUGCACCCAGAGCUGGUAGGGAACUUGGCUAUGUUCGGAUGAAAAUGGAUCAUGUCAAAUUUAAGGAAGGAAUGCUUAGUCGGCAGUCCCUUCUGGACCAUAUCACUGUUCAACUGGCACCGCGUGCAGCUGAUGAGCUUUGGCAUGGUGAGGGUCAGUUGAGUACGAUAUGGGCUGAAACGGCUGAUAAUGCUAGAUCAGCAGCACGGAGCUAUGUUCUCGGUGGCCUUUCUGAGAAACAUUAUGGUUUAUCCGACUUCUGGGUUGAAGAUCGAAUUAAUGAAAUUGAUUUGGAGGCGCUGUGUAUUAUGAACUCGUGUUAUGAUAUUGCAAAAGAGCAGAACCGUGAGCUGAUGGAUGCUGUUGUUGAUGAACUUGUCCUGAAGAAAAGUUUGACCAAACAAGAAUUUUUUCACUUGGUUGAGUUGCAUGGCUCUAUCAAACCUAUGCCACCAAGUAUACUCGACAUCAGGGCUGCCAAGCGUGCAAAGUUCCAAGAAGCGUUGAUGAACCAGAAUGAAACAACUAUAGCAAGCAAUAAAGGGUGUUCAAAGUUGGGGAUGAGUUUGGAUGGCAACAACCUGGACAAAAAGGCUCUGCAUUGUAUACUCAAAAAAAAGGAUAUUGUUCUACUUGCUUAUGCAAGUAAACAUGGAAAAAUGGUUCUUUCCGACGUAAAUAUGAUAUUUCUGAAACCAGCCUUUGAGUAUAAGAAUGAUUCAGUUAUCGAAGUAGACAAGUGGGGAUACUACCAUUGUGAUCCUAGCAAUCCUAUUGUUGCCUUCAACAAUGGGAAUAGCGUGUUCAAGCUUGACAGAGCAGAGAACCAUAACGCCUUUAACACGGUGCUUCACCUUGCUUCAAAAUUUGGACUCGUUGACUUGGUGAUGGAAAUCAUCAAGUUGCGGCCAAACAUGGUAGAAGCUGAGAACAAGAUGCUGGAGACUCCUCUGCGUUUAGCCUGUCGCGAAGGACAAUUAAAGAUUGUUUUGUUGAAUCAUCCAUGGUUGCUGGGGUUAGAAGAUGAUGUUCCUCUUGGCCUCACAUCUCUCCACGUGGCUGCCUCAAAAGGUCAUACAGAUAUAGUGAAGAUGAUAUUACGAGUGCGUCCAAAUAUGGCUCAGAAGAUUGGCAGAGAUGGAUGCAAUCCUCUGCACUAUGCUUGUAAAAAUGGUCACUUGGAGAUAGCAAAAUUACUUCUAAGGCAUGACUUAGACCUCGCUCUGCCAUAUAAUAACAACGGUUUCAAACCAUUGCACUUGGCAGCAAUUCAUGGCAAUGCUACAAUCAAUGAAGAAUUUUUGGCUAUGGCUCCCACAUCAUUUGAUUGUCUCACAGCCGAUGGAGACAAUGUAUUUCAUCUUAUUGAGGAAACUAUCAGGAUCUUAGAGACAUUAAAGAAAGCUGGUGGAGAACUAGGUACUGGACUUUUUAGGUCACCAAAAAUUGAAAGCCCCAGAGAUGCACUCGAGCGAGAAUUUGACCUGCAGGUGCAGCUUGGUUGUGGAAGUGGUAGUUGCCAACUUUCUCCAGCACAUGCUGCGGAAAACAUCCUGUCGAAGAGCAUGCCCGCAUUAAUCAUGAGAACCAAUCCAAGAGGUGAGCCUCUUCAGCUUCAGGUUAACAAGAAUUCUGAAAUUAAAAAGAAAGAUCUAUCUGAAUCAGAAUACUUGUCAGAGGAAACAGAAGGCUCCCCAAUUUACAAGCAUCCCUCCAGGCAUGAAAGCAUGAUACGCAGGAAAGAGCUAAUUAAAAUUAAUAAACGCCGACUUAGGAAGCAACACAAGGCACACACAGAGGCACUACAGAAUGCAAGGAAGACAAUCACAGUAGUCGCUGUUAUGAUUGCUACGAUGACUUUUACAGCAGGCAUCAAUCCUCCAGGUGGUGUCUACUCGGAUGGACCAUUGAAAGGAAAAUCAACAGCAGGCAGGACAUCAGCUUUUAAGGUUUUUUCAAUCACCAACAACAUUGCAUUGUUCACAUCCUUAUGCAUUGUAAUAGCUCUAGUUAGCAUCAUCCCCUUUCAAACAAAGCCACUAAUGAAGCUAUUGGUGGUUGCUCACAAGGGCAAGUGGGUGGCAGGGUCGUCCAUGUCUGCUGCUUACUUUGCAGCAACAUGGGUGAUUAUGCCAGAUAGCCAUGGGAAUGUUUGGACAUUUGGAGCUCUAAUUUCCAUCUUCUCGGCUACUCUAGGAUCUGCUUUCAUUUAUCUUGUGGUUAAGUUGGUUGGACACCAGCUGAAGAAAUCAAAGAGGAGGAAAGAGACGGUUGAUUGUAGCAACAGAGAUUUAAACCAUUCAAUUUCUCAGAAUUCUGAUGUAGCUAGUGCCAGAACUGAUGGUUAUCAUACUUACUGUAUAACUCAACAGGUUCCUGAGAGUUUCGAUUCUGAACUUGUGGAGAUGAAACAAAAGCAAAAUGUCCUUGGUUACCAGUACAAGGAGUUAUGA